AUUAGACAGAAUCAGACAUAUAAAUAUUUAUCUUUACUUGCAAUUCCCAACUAGCGGCGCCGCUCUCUCUUCUUUCUCUUUUCUUGCUUUCAAAGCUCAUCUUCCCCUUCUUCCCUAUCCUCUCAUUUCUCCUUUAUUAAUCAUAAUAAAAAAAGAAAAAAACAAUACUUUUCCAUUAUUUUAUAAUCACACCCUACCAUUUCCCAAAGGAUCUCCAUCUUCUUCUUUAUACAAACCUCCUCAUCUUCUUCUUCCUCUUUUUUUCUUUUAAUAUCAUUUACACAAAAAUCCAAAGCCAAAUCUCUAAUAAACAAAUCCACCAAAAAAAAAAGAAAAAAAAUGAAAGGUGAAUACAGAGACCAAAAGAGUAACGAAAUGUUCUCAAAGCUUCCUCAACAUCAACAACAACAACAACACUCUCUGACCUCUCACUUCCACCUCUCCUCCACCGCCGCCACACCAACCGUCGAUGACUCCUCCAUCGAAGUCGUCCGACGUCCACGUGGAAGACCACCAGGUUCCAAAAACAAACCCAAACCACCCGUCUUCGUCACGCGUGACACCGACCCUCCCAUGAGCCCUUACAUCCUCGAAGUCCCUUCCGGAAAUGACGUCGUCGAAGCCAUCAACCGUUUCUGCCGGCGUAAAUCCAUAGGAGUCUGCGUUCUCAGCGGCUCUGGCUCCGUGGCUAACGUCACUUUACGUCAGCCUUCUCCCGCAGCUCCUGGCUCGACCAUAACGUUCCACGGCAAGUUCGAUCUCCUCUCCGUCUCCGCAACCUUCCUCCCUCCUCCGCCUCGUACUUCCUUGUCUCCACCGGUAUCUAACUUCUUCACCGUCUCUCUCGCCGGACCUCAAGGACAGAUCAUAGGAGGGUUCGUCGCCGGUCCGCUUAUUUCCGCGGGAACAGUCUACGUCAUCGCUGCAAGCUUCAACAACCCUUCUUACCACCGUUUACCAGCGGAUGAAGAGCAGAAACACUCUGCGGGGACAGGGGAAAGAGAGGGCCAAUCUCCGGCGGUCUCUGGUGGCGGUGAAGAGUCGGGACAGAUGGCGGGAAAUGGAGGAGAGUCGUGUGGGGUUUCAAUGUACAGUUGCCACAUGGGUGGCUCUGAUGUUAUUUGGGCCCCUACCGCCAGGGCUCCACCGCCCUUCUAAACCAAUCCUUCUCUUACACAACUCCUCUCUUCAUCUUUUUGGUAUUAGGAUGAAUCAAGAAACUAGGGUUUUUUUCUUUCUUUUUUUUUUUUGAUCAUGAAGCAUCAUCGUUUGGUUUUUUUUUGUUUGUAUCAUCAAAUUUGACAACUCUCAUGCUUAAUCUUUUUUUCCACGGUGUAAUCUUUGGUUUAGCUUUCUACUAUGCGGUUACAAGUGCAAUAUUAAUUUGAUUUGACUCA